UCCAAUGCCGUAACAUGGCGGUUGUCGUGCUCUAACAGUUAUUAGUUGUAGUUGUGGUUACACUUUUCAAUGAUAACUAGGUUAAAAUUAUUAUAACAGCAGAUUCACAUCGAUUCCUCCGGCUCAUGAUGGACCGACAUUGAAAAGUUUUGGACGUGAGGAGGGAAAGUUCUAGUCAUGGGAAAACAGAACAGCAAACUUAAACCGGAGGUGUUAGAAGAUCUCAAACAGAAUACAGAAUUUUCAGAUGCGGAAAUUCAAGAAUGGUAUAAAGGUUUUCUAAAAGAUUGUCCGAGUGGGCAUUUGUCAGUGGAAGAAUUUAAGAAGAUCUAUGGAAAUUUUUUCCCGUAUGGAGACGCGAGUAAAUUUGCGGAACACGUGUUUCGUACUUUCGAUGCCAACGGAGAUGGAACCAUAGAUUUUCGAGAAUUUCUGUGCGCACUUUCCGUCACGUCAAGGGGGAAACUCGAGCAAAAACUCAAGUGGGCCUUCUCUAUGUACGACCUAGAUGGAAACGGUUACAUUUCCCGACAAGAAAUGUUAGAAAUAGUCACGGCCAUUUACAAAAUGGUUGGUUCUGUGAUGAAAAUGCCAGAAGAUGAAAGCACUCCAGAAAAACGUACCGAUAAAAUCUUCCGGCAAAUGGACCGCAAUAAAGACGGAAAAUUAAGCUUGGAAGAGUUUAUAGAAGGUGCAAAAAGCGACCCUUCGAUCGUCCGCCUACUACAGUGUGAUCCACAGGCGCAGUAGCAGCAAAAACCAGUUUGGUUCCCCAUCAAGAAAGUGACUCUUCUCGAUUAUCUAAGUACUUUUUAUCAUUUUAAGUUCGGUCUGUCUCAACUUUUAUCGUGUGUGAUGAUAGCGGUCCAAACUCCCUUACUACAUUUUGGACCCAACAAAUACCCUCAUUGUUAUUAUAAAAUCAAGAGAGAAAAUGAGAAGAAAAAGAAAUCGUUUCCGAUUUAUUUUGUUGGUUUUCUUUUUUAUAGAAUUUCCAGAUCGACGGAAUUUUUAUGCUCACCCUCGCAUAGAUUUUAUUAGUAACAGUAUAUUUAAUCGUUUUUAAAUUAAUUUUAAAAUGAUAAUAGAAUAAAAAUUUAGUUAGUAAUAUUAUUGUAAAAUAAUUUAAAAGAAAAACAAGAAUAAUUACUUAAGUUUUCAGUUUUCAUCAUCAUUAUUACCACCACAUAUAAAGUGUCCCAGAUAAUCGACUUAACACAGAAAACUUGGCAAUGGUAAGAAAAAUAAUCUUUUAUGUAUUGAAAUCAUCUCAUAAUCUUCAAAUAUUUUGAAAAUUGACAAAAUGAAAUUAAGAGAAUAAUCGAAAGCUUUAAGAAUCUUUGGUGACCCAAAACGAGUGAUUUUUUAAUCUUGACAUUAACAAAGGAACUUUCUGCCCUAUUUUGACUGUAGCCAAUCAUCACCAGGAGAAGUUAAGGUUUAUAAAAUACUUGUGGCAUAAUAAAUUGAAUCAUUAAAUAUGAAAAGACUACUCUAACAAUAUUAAGUUAUGCAAAUUUUGUUUUCUUUUAUUUGCAGUGAAUAUUUUAUAAAUCCCUAUAACUAGAAAUCUCAUUUCUAAUUCAACACAUCUUCUAAUGAUGGCUAGGUGCAACUAAAACCCCAAUAUAGAAGAUAAUAGGUUUGAGAAUUAAUUAUUUACUCUUUGAAUCACGCUUUAACUUUAAGAUUACUGAGAUUAUUUGUUUUAAGGAGGAAAUAAAAAAGUUUUUACGUAAAAUAUUAAUGAAUUUAUUCGUAUUGAUGAACAAUAAUACAAUAUAAUUUUUAUUAGUGCUGUAUCAUUAAUCGUUUUAUAGUUUGUCGUUUACUUAAUAUGCUUGGCUUAUUUGAUUAUGUAAUAUAAUAGUACGUGUUAUUUUUGAAUCAAGAAGUUUUUCGCUUAUUUAUGAUAGAUUUUGAGUUUCCCAUUUAGGAAUUUUGGUCGUCUCUAGCUGAUUUUUACUCGUUAUUCUAGUUCUUUUCACGAGUUUAUCAGCCUUUCCAAGAUAAACAUCAAAUUUGCACCAAUAAAACAUUUUCAAAUCUCCAAAUUCAUAUAUGCUUUGUUUAUCCUCAAAAUCAGCACUUGAUGACCCCUAAGAACUUGAGUAAGUGCUAAUUUAUCCACAUUUUCCAUUCUCUUGUGUUAAUCAUAUACCAUGACCAUAAGUGAUCUAACUUUCGCGAGAUUUUCUCAAUCUUCUAAGGAAUAAUAAAAAUUCUUAAUAUCUAAUAAUAUUUUGAUUGAUGUGCAAACAAUUUUUGCAAUGAUGUCAACUUUAAUUACAAAUGAAGCUUCAUUUUCUGUUCAGUGAGCUUAUAUAAGAUAGCUCAACCUAAGGAGAGGAGGUUAGAAAAGUUCCUCAAUUUUUUUACUUUUAAGUAUACCAUCGUGAAUUGCGUUGUUGUCUUUUGCCAUAUCUAUUAAACGAAACCAUUGCCUGUAGGCAGCGUCUGGUUCUUCUUGCAACAUUAAAGCAGAAACAUUUCUGAUCAUUAACAUCCAUUCCUGCUCUUUUUGUUAUAAAAAUUUAUGAUUUUUGACAUCUCAUUUCUAAUCGAGUUAUUGGGAUGCAUCGAUAAAAUUAAUAAGACAUCAGUAAUACUGUAACGUAUUUGCCAACGCUAUAAUUACACUUUUCAUUAGAAAGCAAUUAUAAAAGUAAGCAAUCAAUCCAAUAUCAAAUCUAAACUGUUCUCUACUAUAUGAAAGAAUCAAGUAGACUCAAGUACCAUCGAGUAUUAUCAAGUAUCACUAGCGUCAGGAGUAUCUCGUACUUAGGAUGAUGUAAAAAUGCAGAGUAUGCAUUUUACUCAUAAACCAAUAAAAAAUUCUCUCGCUUAGAACAGAUGAUGAUGUAAAUUGUAAUAACAAUGGUUAAUGAAUAAAGUGCAAAUAUUGAACUAAAUUUUUGAUCUACAAACACUUCUAAAUUUAUUUUGCACCAAAAUAAUAUUGCACAAUAAUAGUGUUAAAUCACCUGCUCCAGGUCUUUUGGUACAAAUUCUUUUGGUAUUUCGUUUUUAUUCUUUCUUCAUCAGUUUAAGUUGUUCCAUCACAAUUAUUUUGCCAUUGAGAGAAUUUGUUACUACCAUUAUCUUUAAUAGAUUUUUGGCGGGCUUGUUGAGUAUAUAUAUAUAUUCUAAAGUUACAGCACCUACGAAAAUUUAUUAACAAAUGUUAAAUUAAAUACGUCUAUAGUUGUAUUUCAAAUUUUCAGAUCUACCUAAACUUUUUACUCUUUAAAUUUAGACGGGUUCUUGAACAUAUAUCGUCCAAGCUAAUAGUACAGCAAUGUUUGCAUACAUGUCGUUGGUCAAUAAGGUGUUUUCAAUUUCGUUUAAUCAGUAAUAUUGUCUCGCUGUAAAUUCAGAAGUAGACGGCUCUGAUACUAUCUAUCUCCAAGACCACUGAGACAAACAUUACAACGAACUUCUACUGUAUCAUUUUGAAUACAUACUGAUAAGCCUCGGCCGCAAGUGAUCUCGGCUUAAUCCCGUGAGAUUAUAGUCUUAAUUAAUGAAGCCGAGGCACUCCAAUACUUGUUGUUCAAUGUGUUAUGGAUAUAUCAUUUGAAGUGUUUUAGCCGCAGGCGAUUUCAGCUUAAUAAGAACAAAUCAUGCAUCAUCCGUUCUAAAUUAAGCCAAGGUCGCUUCCGUCUGAUGCGCUACAAUUAUUGAUACAUCAAUACAUACUGGUAAGCUUCGACCGCAAGUGAUCUCGGCUUAAUUAACUAAGAAUAUAAUAAUUGUAUGGGAUUAAGCCUAGGUUGCUUGCGGCAAUCCAAUACGUCUUGUUGAAUAUUGAAUGGAUAUGAUAUCAUUUGUAAUCAUCACAAAUUUGAACUGUAGCUUUACAAUAAAAUUCAAUUAUUUUUCAUUUUUUCAUAUCUUUAUGUUUCACUUUUAUAAAAACAGCUUACACAUGUCAGGAAGACUUCUUGGAAUUAAAUAAUACGCCCACAAAACUUUAACCUAUUUCAUUCUUAUGUCUGUGAUGGUCGUAGUUAUCCAAUAACAAAUAUGUAUAUCUCUUUUCUCUUCCUCAGCCUGUAUCAUCCAUUGCGGGACAUAGACGUUUUCCAAAUGUCUCCAUCUAUUUCUGUCUUUUGCUGUUCUUAUCUAUUCUUUCCCGGCCACACUUUUCCCAUCAUUUAUCCACCUCUUUUAUGGUCUUUCUGCAUCUCUUCUAGUUUAUAGUGGUUUCCAAAAGGUUAAUUCUAUGUGGAUGUUGUGAGUUUGAGUUUCGCUAUGUUUCGAUUUUUGUGUUCUUUGCGAAUUUUUGCCUCCCCCAGACUGCACGAAGCAAACGCUCUUCAGGAUAUUAGAUUUAACACUGAAUGUUCCACCCACCUGGGGACCCAUUCUGAUAGUGUUAAACCUCACCAUAUUUACAAAGGUUUAUUGGCCAUAACCUUCCACGCUGGAUGAGCGUGGUUCAAGCGGGUGGGAAGAUAGAAAGGAUUGGGAAGGAGUACUAGGGUUGGGGUUGUGAAUGGGGUGAGAUUUGAGAUAUAAUUCCCUCCAUGUAUUGGGAGGUGGGAGAGAAUCAAGGCUCGCGUUGGCAGGAACACAUCUUUGAAGUAGAUCUGUCCUCUACCGGGAUUGUAGAGGAGGGACUACUCGCUACACCCUACAAUCAGUUUGAACAAAUCAUCACCACCAACACCAUUGAGAUCAUACUUAAAACAAAUGCAUCUCAAAAUUUAACCAACGAGAAUAUGACAUGCUUUGAAAUGACAAUUUUACCAUCUUCCUGUAAAAUUUGUCUAACAAAUUCAUGUCUUAGACAAUGCAGAACAAAUUCUUAAUGUUUAUUUUUAAGUGGCAGUAAUCUUAAAGGUUUUGGAAUGAUAACAAUACAUAAAAUGUGUUUUUAGGUUUUAAAUUAUUUUUACCGUUUUCAAGUUUCUCAUAUUGUAUAAUUAUCUGGAACAUCUUUAUAUGAAGAAAGAAACAUAACAAUACACACAUUUAUCAUGACUUAUUGAGACCGAGAUAUCUCUCUAUCGACUUACAUUAAAAAAAAACUAUUACCUUACUCUCUACUAUAAAUUAAAUUAAUUCUUAUUGCUCUCCCUAAAAAUUCCCUUAAAAAAAGAAAUGUAUCAAUAUCAACCCACCCUUCCCUACCCCCAAAAAUAUAUCAAUUAAAUGUUACUGUUUUUAAAAGGUUUAUGCGAUUCGAUGAAAAUAAAAAAAAAGUUUGUGCGUAGAUCAUUUUACUGUAAUGUUCCAUUGUUAUAUGUAUAAGUAUUGAUGGUAAUUGGUGCUUAAAUUGUUCUUUGAGAUCGUAACGUUUUAACGAUAGCAAAAUUUUUGCACAUUGCAAAAGAAAAUCGGGGCCAAGAAUAAAAUGCUUGGCUUAGGUAAACUAUGAUUUUGUGUUUAUAAAAACUUGUGGAACAAUUUUUGAAUGUAGUAGAAAGUUUCAUAUUAAAAAUAACGAGUCAAUUUAAAAAUAAAAAUUAAUUAGAUCAUAUCAGAAGUGAUACUGGGAUUUAAAAACAAAUUAGAAAAAAGAAUUUACAAAAAAAAAUAAUUAAUAAUUAAAAAUUAGACAAGUUUAUUCUUUGAUGCUAUUGUUAAAACGUUAUUUAAAAAAAGUAAAUAAAGAAUUCAUCAUCAUUAUCAUCUACCAUCAACCGUUUCCGACAUUAAGAAAAGAUUUAAAAAAAAUAAAUAAGCCAGUAUAUCCCUCAUCUUAUAAACCUAACUUAAUCGUCGUUCUCUCUCGAAAAAAAUAAAUAAAUAAAAUAAAAUGACCUUCAAUAAAAAAAUGCACUACUUACUUUUACAAUUUAUCGUUACGUACUACGUAUGUGUUCUCUACAUACUAUAAUUGCCAUAGUUAUUGACCUUACACGCAAAAAAAAAAUGAAAAUAAAAAAUAACGUUCAAUUUAAAAAGAAAUAAAUAAAAAAAGUUAAAUAAAACAAUCUGAGAUUAAUAGAUAAAAACGUACCGAAGCAAACAUCAAAAAAAAAAAAUUAUUAAAGUUGAGUAAAAAUGCUAGUAAUGAAAAAAAAAACUACCAAGGCCUAACGAAGUGAUCUGCCGUUCAAAAUAAAAUUGUCUAAAAAAUAGUUAUGAAAUAUGAAUGAAUGAUUAAAAAGAAAAUAAGGGUGAAGAAAAAAAGAACGCAAUAGUCUAGUCUGGCCCGUUAUUUCAGGUCCCCUUAUUUAUAUAAAGGGAUCGACGCACAAAAUGGUGCAGGCACACUUGAAAAACACGUCUGGAUCUUCCCAUGUCUUGCGCGAUAAUGUGGUUUAUCAAGUACUUGUCUAUAUAAUGUCAAAAAUAAAAACUUGCUGAAUGGCUUA